GAUCUUGCUGCUGCUGUCUCUUUAACGCGAGAGGAAGCGAUGCGGAGGGGUGGAAAAUGGCAGAGCUGCAGAUGUUACUAGAGGAGGAGAUCCCAUCUGGCAAGAGGGCGCUGAUAGAGAGUUACCAGAACCUGACCCGUGUGGCAGACUACUGUGAAAACAACUACAUACAGGCUACAGACAAGAGAAAAGCUUUAGAAGAGACCAAAGCCUACACAACCCAAUCCCUAGCUAGUGUUGCUUAUCAAAUAAAUGCAUUGGCCAACAAUGUACUCCAAUUGCUGGACAUCCAAGCCUCUCAACUUCGCAGAAUGGAGUCUUCCGUCAAUCAUAUCUCACAGACUGUGGACAUUCAUAAAGAAAAAGUGGCUCGAAGAGAGAUUGGUAUUUUGACAACAAAUAAGAAUACAUCAAGAACGCACAAAAUAAUAGCACCUGCAAAUAUGGAACGCCCUGUAAGGUAUAUUCGGAAACCUAUCGACUAUACAGUUUUGGAUGAUGUGGGCCAUGGUGUCAAGUGGCUAAAAGCCAAGCAUGGAAAUAACCAGCCUGCGAGAACUGGCACACUGUCGAGAACAAAUCCUCCUACUCAGAAACCACCAAGUCCUCCCAUGUCAGGCCGGGGAACAUUGGGACGGAAUACUCCUUACAAAACCCUGGAACCUGUUAAACCCCCAACAGUUCCUAAUGACUAUAUGACGAGUCCUGCUAGGCUUGGAAGUCAGCAUAGUCCAGGCAGGACAGCUUCUUUAAAUCAGAGACCAAGGACACACAGUGGCAGUAGUGGAGGAAGUGGAAGUCGAGAGAACAGUGGAAGCAGCAGUAUUGGCAUUCCCAUUGCCGUGCCUACACCUUCACCACCCACUAUUGGACCAGCCCCGGGCUCAGCUCCUGGUUCCCAGUAUGGCACAAUGACCAGGCAGAUUUCUCGGCACAACUCUACCACUUCUUCGACAUCUUCUGGUGGAUACAGACGAACUCCUUCUGUGACUGCUCAGUUCUCUGCUCAGCCUCAUGUUAAUGGAGGUCCACUUUAUUCUCAAAAUUCAAUUUCUAUUGCUCCACCCCCUCCCCCUAUGCCUCAGUUGACUCCACAGAUACCUCUCACAGGCUUCGUGGCCAGGGUGCAGGAAAACAUUGCUGAUAGUCCAACUCCACCACCACCACCUCCACCAGAUGACAUUCCCAUGUUUGAUGAUUCUCCACCUCCACCACCACCACCUCCAGUGGAUUAUGAAGAUGAGGAGGCUGCAGUAGUUCAGUAUAAUGAUCCAUAUGCAGAUGGAGAUCCUGCUUGGGCCCCCAAGAAUUAUAUUGAGAAAGUUGUUGCAAUAUAUGACUAUACAAAAGACAAGGAUGAUGAGCUAUCGUUUAUGGAGGGUGCAAUCAUUUAUGUCAUAAAGAAGAAUGAUGAUGGCUGGUAUGAAGGAGUCUGCAAUCGAGUGACUGGUCUGUUCCCUGGGAACUAUGUUGAAUCAAUCAUGCACUAUACUGAUUAAAUUUUUUGCUUUUAAAGUAGAUUCUCAUUAUUACUCAGUCAUACUGUGGGACUAUUAUGGCUAACAGAAUUGUCUUAAUAUGUUUUCAAACGUGCCCAUAUUUUCAGGACAUGCUGUUUUAUCGGAAUAAUUGAAUGUCUACCUGUAAGCAUAAAUCUCUGAGGCAGUUUGUAUAUUGCUGAACAGCAAUUUAUACAAGAAGCUGUCUGUAACUGAUUAUGCUUAUGUAUUUACUUAUGCAUUGUUAACUUCAUGACCAGCCUAAAUAUUCUGGGGAAGUGGGGUCUAUUAUUUAAAUCAUGAUUCAGAUUGUGCCAUUACAUCUUUCAGUGCAGCAUGGUUACUAACAGUCAGGCUAAUACUAAAAUCAAAAAAUGUAAAUGCUGGUGCUGGUCAGAUUUUUGUUUGUUUAGAUUCUCUCAUUCUUGAACUAUACUAUUUGUUUAAAGCAUGCAUACAAAUUUACGUAUUGAAAUAUACAAAAAUCCAAGAUGCUUCCAAUUUGUGUAUUAUUUAACUUGGAGUACUCUCUUGAAAUGAAUUGAGUCUCUAAGGUCUCCAUGUGAAACAAAACAAACAGAAAGGGUGAUCUGUAAUAUUGUAAUUUGUACCUGAGUUUUUCAAUGAGUGAAUUUGCAUUAUGAAUUUUUUUCAUUCAUAAAUACAUAAGUGAACCAAAGGUCUUUGUCCUUGCCUUCAUUGGUUUGCUUUUAAAAUAAAUAAAUAAAAGGUGAUUUAUUGGAGAAUUACGGUUCUAUUUUCUCAGUAUAUUGACUUUGGAAAAAAAUUUAGCCUUCUCUCAUUCUGUCCCCAUAGCAAUGUGACUGAUUAUUGCAGAUUUAAAAUCUGAGAUGGUUACUUACAAGCCAAUCUACUGAACUGUGGUUUUCAAAGCUAAGAAAAUGUGUCAUGAAUGUAUACAUUCAUUCUUAAGGAUUGGAAGAUCCAUCCUUCAGUUUUAUAACAGACUGUUGUAUAAUGGUUCAAUGAAAAGAAAUUAUAAAUAUCUUUUACAUAUUACUUUUGUAAAAGUGGAUGCAGUUAAUUUUUGAAUAGGCACUAUUUAAUCCCUUAUCUGGCAGUAGCAACAUAAAAAGUUUAAAAUGAAAUAGUUGGGGAAAAAAGGCGAAUCAUUAAUCAGUGAGCAGGGAUAUACCUAACCACGAGAUUUGUAUUGUCUUUUGACAUAAAUGAAAUGCAAAACAUGCACUUUGUGAGUCUCCUCUUAAUUGAAAGGAGGGUUAGAGGGAUAUUUUCUCUUCUUACCUUGUGUAUAAUUCUACAUUGCUUAGGAUAUUAGAGUACUCAAGUGUGGGUUUCUGUGUAUUGAGGAUUUGUUUGGAUUUCAAAUUAAUUAUGUACUGGAUGAUACAGACUUCUAACAGCAUAAUGAAUGGUAAGAAUAGUGGAUGGAAAACAUUUAUUUCUGAAAAUUAAAGACCAUUAUUACUACCAAAUCAAUGGACUGUUUGAUAUGCAUUUUACCUUUCUUCAUUUUAAACAUGACUUCAACAUCAUUAGUGAUUAUCUAGCUGUCUUCUGCUUUUCAUUUUUUGAGUGGAAUGUUCUCUUAAUUAUUUGUAUAAAAUCGUUGUCUUAAUUUUAUGUACAGUCUUUUAUAAUAAACCAUUCUCCUCUAU